GGGCAUGUGGAGUAUAUUACUCAUUUCUGUAUAAAUGAAUUAAAUGAUGAGUCAUUUCCUAUACCUGUAAGUUUCAUUACGAGCAAAAACUAUCAAAGCUUGUUCCAAAUUGCCGCUGAAUGUCGUCACCACAAAGUUUAUAAUCUUAUUUAUGUCCUCUAUGAGUUGUUCCAUGAACAAGAUAACAAUGCUAGCCAAGGUCCAAUACAAGACAAUGUAGGGUGGAGAAAUUACUUUGGCAAUAAUAUGCUACACACAGUGGCAAGUAUUACCCCAUUGUCACAGAUUGAUCACAUUCGAGGUGCAGCUUUGCAAAUGCAAAGAGAACAACAGUGGUUCAAGGAGGUGGAGAGCCAUGCAUAUCCAAAGGAUCGUGAACAUGUAAACGGAGAUAAUAUGACACCGCGAGAAAUAUUUAUGGAGAAUCACAAAGAAAUGGGAAAAGAGGCAGAAAAGUCAAUGAAGGAAACAUCAACUUCUUGUACAGUUGUAGGUGCUCUCAUUGUUACCAUAAUGUUUGCUGCAGCAUUCACAGUUCCGGGUGGAAAUGAUGAAAAUACAGGCCUUCCUAAAUUCUUAACUAAAAAGGUAUUCACAACAUUUAUAGUUUCAGAUGCAAUCUCGCUCUUUUCUUCAACAACUUCGGUUAUCAUGUUUUUGGGCAUUCUCACAUCACGUUAUUCCGAAGAUGAUUUUCACAAAUCUUUGCCCACAAAAAUGAUAAUAGGCCUUUUCACCCUCUUCUUAUCUAUCGCCACCAUGAUGAUUGUCUUUUCUUGUGCCCUUUACAUUAUGCUUGAUGGGAAACCAUCGAUUGUUAUUCCAAUCAUUUUGCUUGCCAGCGUUCCAAUUGCCUCCUUCAUCUGGAUGCAAUUUCCGUUGCUUGUUGCGUUAAUCAUUUCUACUUUUGGGCGGGGAAUAUUUGAUAAGAAACCAUAUAAAAAGUCGUUGAAUUCCAGUGUUGUCUUUACUUAAGUUUGGAUUUGCUACUUUUUAAGAAACUUGUAAAGAGAAUCCAAUGUAUGCGCUUUCUAUUAGUAUUUGGCCCAUUACGAAUGUGAUUUUUCCUUGGAUAAUAAUGUAUGUUCUUUGAUCAUAAAAGAAAAUUCCAACUUCAAUUUA